CUAGUUUGGUCGGCGCCGAAUCACAGGUAUUACAACGUGUACGUGUGUGCAGUGCGCGCUUUACUUGGCUUUUGACGUUUCGUAAUUCUUUUUCUGGCAUUUUUUUAUUUUUUUUUUAUUUUAUGCCUCAAGUGCACCGAUAACGUUACGAGUGAUAGUUCUCGGAUGGUUUGGAUUUUUAGUGUUCAGUGAACAGGAGUGGAAGGUGGGAUUGUUGAGAAAGACAAGAUUUGGAGAAUUUAGCUAAAAUGUGGAAGGUUGCGCGUGUUGCGUGAAAUCAGUAAGAUGACAUUUUGGGAAGAACCACCUUGUUUUGGUAAACAGCGUUUUAUUACAAUGUAGAAGAGCUUGAUGUGACUGUGAAACAUAUGACGUUGACAACGGAGCGUGAAGAACGUACUUUUUAACAAGUUGCUCGCAAAGCCAAUGAAUGUCGUACGAAGAAGCUAUUGGCCCAUUGGGUGUUAUAAUUAUAUGCAGCGUUGCCGCAAUUAUAUUCGGAAUAGCACUGUUGAUCGCAGUUUGCUUCUGCAUUCCUAAAUGUAUUGGUUACAAAUGGAUAAAACGAAAAAAAAAACCCUUGUCAUCAAAAGAAAAUGGGAAAUUCAACGAGGAUCCGAAACUUAGCGAAAUGAGCUACCGAUCUUGGCGGCUGAACAGCUUGUACAGUAAUGGAGAUGAUACAAUCCACGAAGACACGGUGUAUUCACCAGAUCUGUCGCCUCCACUAAACUCUAACAACCUUCACUUCAAUACAAUAGAUACGUCAUCUGUUUUGAAUCUCGUGCCGAAAAAGAAAGAUGAUGUUGGUGAAAAAAUUUUUCCAACGGAAUUAACACUCAGCCUUCGGUAUUUUCCUUACUGCGAAGGUAUUACUGCUUCAAAAUUAGUUAUUGGCAUUGAGGCGCUAUCUGGUCUUCCACCUAAGCAAUACAAUUCCUCAAUUGAGCCUUACGUACGGUUGGAAGUGAUAAAAAAGUCGUGGUCUCAUCGAAAGCGGCAAAAGUUGUACAGUUUUCAGACAAAAGUUGUUAAACAUACGGCGAGUCCGAUUUUCAAAGAAUCUUUCGUGAUUUCAAGUGGCAUACCACAUGAAAUGAAGGACUGGAUACUUAAUAUCGAAGCUUACGAUCGUGAUCGCUACGCCAACCAUUCAAAAUUAUGCGAACUACAGGUGCGAAUGAAGGACAUGCAGAGAAUACUUUUUAGUCCUGAAAUUCAUCUUUUUAAUUUUCACAUGAAGCAGUGCAAACAGGAAUACGGAAACAUAUUACUUGGAGUGAGUUAUUUGCCUACAGCACAGCGCUUGUCGAUAAAUGUUAUGAAACUCCGCAACAUCAAGUUCAUGCCGGAUGUUCCAAGUUUAAACGAAUUUAAUCCAUAUAUUCGGAUUAUAAUGUUAAAUGGAAUGACGGGAAAAAAAAUAAAAAGAGAAAAAACAAAAUAUCUUAAAUCUACAGCAGAGCCUGAAUUCAACGAGACUCUUACCUUUGAUCUGCCAACAUCGCAGAUGGAUACCCUGCAAUUCCUGAUUGUUUUAUGUAGUAAAAAAAUUACGCGAAACGAUAUCAGUGUGACAAUGAUGAACGAAAUUCUGAGUGACGACGAUGACUCGGUAAUCUCAUACCGGAGACCCAAGGACGUUUGCAUAGGCAAAGUAGCACUUGGCAAAGGAGUACGUGGCGUGAACGAGAGACUGCAUUGGUUUUCAGUCUUCCAAAAUCCUCGAAAACUUGUUACUUCGUGGCAUACCCUCAGGUGAACAAAUUAGCCCAAGUCUGAACUGAAUAAAAAAAAAAAAAAAAACAAUGCAUGUAUCACAAUGUUGAUUGUUUGAUAGUUACAGUUUUUAUGUUUGUUCUUAUACAAGUGUAUAAGUGCGGGUUAAUGUGCGU